UUUGUAUAUUAUAUUUUUGUAGUUAACAGUAAAUACUUAUAAUCUUGCACGAUAUAUAGUUAAUUAAUAAGUAUUUAAAAUGGCUGAGAGCACUAGCGCCUUGGAUAUUUUAAACACUAUUAAAUUUUGCAAUAAUAUUAAAGAUCACCAGAAAUGGGCAACAGAAGCAUCCUCUCAAUUUUUUAAAAUUGAAAUUGAGAAAUUGAAGAUUACAAUGGAGUAUUUUGAGAAAGAGAAAGCAAGAGUCGAAGAAGAUAUUAAGAAUAUCACACCAAAAAUAGAGAUUUUGGAGAAAUAUUAUAAAACAUUAAUUGAUGAUUUUCGCGUAAAUGAAGAUUCACUUUUUUAUCAAAGUUUGCAUUUGAAGUGCGUCGUAAAAUCAGUAAUAAAACACAAAGAAAAGGGCGAAAAUUUAUUAAGAGAGUAUCGUGACGAGGCAGAUAAAUAUAGAGAAAAAUUGGAAGCGAACAGCCCAAAUUAUCAAAUAUUGAAAGAAAAAACUAGUAACCUUCUAAAGAUUAAGUUCAAUAUUCAAAUGCUGCGGCACAAUGUGAAAGAACUAAGAAUGAAAAAUCGUAUGAAAUCGAUAUACAGCACGAAACUAUUUCACAAAGAUUUUAUCGAUUUUGCCGCAGCUUGGCUGGAAAAGAAAAGAUACGUUGAGGCGGUAAAUAAAUUGGAUUGGUUAAAAAAACUUCAAGCGGAAUUAAUAGUAGAAAUGAUUGGAAAUAAAUCUGGUACAAACAAAAAACAUUUCAAACCUAAUAUUAAGGAAAAACAAAAAUUUGUCAGAAUGGAUAUUUCGGAGUUACCUGUUUUACCUACAACCGAACAUUUAUCUAAAGAAGAAUCCGUCAUGUCAACGUAUGGCGGUAGAGCAGCGUUGAAUUCAUGGCACAAUUCAAACUAUCUAGCUGACAAUCAAUUUACCACCGUAUCACCGAAAGUAAAGAUAAUUGAAAACAAAGUCUUGAAUAAUGCCCCGGAGAAAUCGUUCGUAAACAUUAUUAUGGAACAGAAAACAAACGCUAUCGAUAUGAAAUUUCAACAGCUGAUGAAAAGCUUUGAAAGAUUUUCCUCGGAAAUAGACAAAACGUCACCAAAAAGGUCUGAAUCCAAAGAAAAAUCUGAUAAAUCUCUAAUGGAAAACACAAUUGAAAAUAUGAGUCAGAAUGAAAGAGAUAGAGCUUUGGAAAUUAAAUUGAAAAAUAUCGUUAAGAAUUUCAAAAGACCCCCUUUGCAAAAAAAUAAAAUUCGUUCACAAAAUUCCGUUUCGGAAAAAGUAACGAAAAUUAUAGGAGUCAAAGAAGAUUCUGCGAGUCCUAUGGGUAAACCAUCGGCAAAAGUUAAUGAUGACAUUUCUACUGAGCAAGAUACACAAAAUCAUUUAACUCAAGAAAAAGGUGAUGGUGGAAAGUUGCUUUCUCAACAAUCGAAUAGUAGCAUUCAAGUAAAACCAGCCGAGGUUCAGCACGAUCUGAAAGAAGUUCAUAUUGAUUAUGAAAACUUUCCAAUUCAGAUGAAUUCGAUGCCAACACCAAAAAAUAUGCAACAAUUUACCAUCAAUAACAAUUAUAGACUAGAAGAAUCAAAUAAAGACAACAAAGAAGAUAAACACGUAGAUAUUAAGAGAAAGAUUCCCGAACAAAAGAAAUUUGUGAAAAAAAUUGAUAAGCCGUUGACAAAAUUACCUCAAUACCUCGGAAAAAAUGAAACUUAUGCAAUAAACGAAACGAAAUCGUUCGGAAUCUUUGGUAAAAGUACUAAUAUUUCUGAGCAAAGUAUAAUGAAAAGAGGAUCGGAUUAUCACAACAACAACAACCAUGCCGCUCUUUCGCAAACAGAAAAACAUUUUAUUAAUACCGGCUUCACGACUGAUGAAAAUUAUGUCCACGGAUCACCAGAUGAUUUCAAUGGUGAAUUUUUAAUGAGUCCAAUUUAUGAUCCGCCGAAACAAAAUGAAACCGAAGAGCCAGCCAUGCUUUUUCCAAAUAGCAGCUUCGCUUUCCAAGGAAUGAAUUUCGGUUUCAAUUUUUGAUUGAAUUUGGUUUUUGAAAGCAUCAAAACCAGUUAUAUAAUUGAAAUUUUGUUUUUGGUUCAUACUAAUGUUAAAUAAGAAUCUAACGUGUCAUUUUCUAUUUGAUUAUUUAUAAUGUUAAUUUUCAUAAUUCAAUAAAAUCAUAAAAAAAUAUAUUUUUGUUUGAUUACAUUGACCUACAUGAUGUUCGUGUCAAAGAUCAAUGAUUUUUAUAAAUAAAAUUGUUAAGAACUCGUCCACUGACAAAGACAGUGAAUUCAGUCCUGUUCGAUUAUGUUAAUCGAUGCUAAAGUUUGGCGAAUACGCCAACU